CCGCCCGGGGGGCAGGCCCACGCCUUGGCCCAGGUGUGUUUUCGGGCUUGCUACGCCUCGCUGGGCCGAUUGCCGGGACGGCGACGGAGCAGGGAGCAGCCGGGGCGGGGGAAGAUGCGGCCGGGCUGAGGGGCCGGAGCCGGCGCGGAUCAGCGGAGGGAUGGAUGUGGAAGCUGCGCCUGAUUUCAAAGCUCUCCGAGCAAAAUUUCAAAACGACUCCAACUUGGCCAACAAGCUGGUGCAGGCACCCAAGAAGCUUCCCACUGAAACCCCUCCCAGGCUGGGCUCUGGAGGGAAUGCUGUGUCCAGCCCUCUGCCCCCAAGUAAGAGAGAAGUGAUCAUACUAAAACCCAAGGAUGAACCUGCCCAACCCUCUGCCCCCACCCAACGCACCCCCUUGGUGUGGCCUCGAGCCAGGCUGGGUUACCUGAAGCCAACCAGGCACUGUGAAGAGCACAAAGGCAACAUCGUGGAGAAAGGUCUGAGUUCUCUCAAGAACAGCCCAGAGAAACCUCUACCAUCUGAUGGCACUGACCGACAUGGAUCAGCCCAAACAGCUCCAGAGGGCCCUCCACUCCUAAAUUCUUUCCACCAUGCCCUGCAGGUCUGGGAAAACACUUUAUCCCGUGGUGAGAGAGUGAAUGCAGUGCUCCCAACCCAAAGGGCUGCAAACUUGUACGUGCACCCUUGCCCGGAGCAGAGGGCAAGGUGUGCUCCAGCUGCAUCAGCUGGCGGGAGGAUGCAACCAUCUGGAAGUGAGCCCAGGCUGGACUUGCUUGCCCAGAAGCAGGAUGCUGUCCAUGGCAAUGGGCUGGCUCUUCCCCAGGCUCCCAGAGGACGCAGGGGCUCCAAUGAAGCAGCUGCUGAGUGUGUGGCACCAGCUGCCACCUGCCAGCUGGGUCAUUGUGCACCAAGAGAGCAACCUCAGCACCAGAAAGAAUUGGAGGCUCCCUUCUGCCAGCCCAGAGCAGGAAAAUGGUCUGAAAACCCCAGGAGCAAACGGCCAGGAAUUAAACCUCUCCCUUCAGCUGAAUCCCUGGGUCCAGCCCCUAGGAAGCCAGCAAGACCCCCAAAGUUUGAUCUCAGCCCUUUCCAAAGUUCACUGCCUUCAGUCCACAGAGGAAAUGAAACAACUGCUGGUGAAGAGGAUUACCUGACCCCUGAAAGUGCUCAACUUGAAGAGCAGCAUAAUUAUGAAGAAACUGCAACAUACCUGAAUCAGUCUGGGGACACGACAACCUUGAGUGUCAUUGAAGUACCUAAGGCAGAGCCUGAAGAACACAAGAAACAGAAGAAUUUUUUUCUUGCCAAAUCCAGUCCUGGAAGAGCUAUAAUAAAGGAUGAAAAAGAGGCAAAAACAAGUGUUGAAAGAGAGAAACAGGAAGCAAAGAAUGUUUUCAAGCCAGGUGGAAAUGAGUACGAGUUUCCCAGCAGCCAAGCAAAGGAAGAUGGCAGAGGUGGGAUGAAGGUGCCUGAGGUGGGGCAGGAUGUGACCAGUACCCACACUGCCAAGCAUCCUGCCCCACAGGGGCUGGCAAAAGGCAGCGUGGAGCAAUUGCGCUACGUGUCUGUUGGUGCUCCAAAGCCAGGAGCAGGAGUAGCCUUGAACCAAAACACCUGGCAGUCUCUGCCAAGACCAGAGGAUAUUUAUGAUGACGUGGAGAAAAUGCAGGAUAGAUGCACCCAAAUGUCAGAUGCCUCAAGUCCAUUUGCUUCAGCCAGCAUUUCAGGAAACAGCUGUGAAGAAACAUAUGAAGAUGUUGAGACUGGGAGUGAUAAUCCUGCAAAAACAGAAACAGAAAAACAAAAGAGGUUUGGAAACUUGUUUAAGCUGGAGAAGUUGAAGCUGAAGAAUAUCAGGUUGAAGGAAAACUUAAGGUUGUUUUCCAUUUCAGUACCAAAUUUAGCGGCUGCUUCCCAGGAGGAGGACACUGUGUAUGAUGAUGUCGAGGUGGGGCAGAGAGAGCUGAGAGAGAAGGACAAAACCUGGAUGUCAAAAUUCCUGCUGGCCAAAGAGGAUAAGAACCCAAGGAAAAGCAGCGACGAUGUGGAAAGAAACAUCUUCAAACUCAAGAAGGGCAAUGCAGAAAAAAGCAAGAAGAUGGAAAAAGAGGAGAAGUUUUUCAGAGAAACAUUUAUGUACGAUAAGGAGAUCAAUGUCAUCAACACAGCCACAGCAGAGUGCUCGGUCCCCAGUAAGAGGAGGGUUGAUCUCCCAGUCACAGCUGGGGAACAGCUGGACGUUAUCGAUGUCACGGAGGGCAACGCGGUGAUUUGCCGCAAUUCCGAGGGCAGAUAUGGGUACGUUCUAGUGGAGCAUUUGAACUUCAGGUAAACUCAGAUUUUAUUUAUCAUGAUGCAUAUUUUCUUCUCCUUCCUGUCUGUAGAGAUUUCAGAGCUGGAGAAAUGCACUUUAAAACUUCUGAAGGCAGGGGGAGGCUAAUGUAAACAGCCAGUAUUCAAUAUUAAAUAAGUAUUUCCAGUUUUAGUCUGCUAUUCUGCUGUUCUACAUGUUUCCAGUCCAACUGCAGCUAUAAAAAGCCCCAUCCAGUCAUGACUUGUAUAAAUUGGAGAUUCUUGACUCGCCCUCAGAUGUGCUGUAUUAAUUCACAUCUGCUGCAAACACGGGCCACUCGGAGUGCGUCGCCGUGCCAAAACACACCCUUAAAUUCCCUGCUGCCAUAUAGUUUCCUGGCGUGCUCAUGCAUAAUUGAUACAGAUGAACCUCUGAUUGCCCAGGUGCCCAUUGCUGUGAAACUUUCUGGGUUGUUGGUUUGUUUGGUUUUUUUUUUGAGACAGACAGUGCUAACUGCCCCGAGAGCUGCUCUCCUCCCCGAGCAUCCCUGAAGGUCCCUUUCGCGCUUCCCGCCGCCGUGAGAGCCCACGUUGAUCAACUGUGGAGUGAUGAUGUGAGUGUAAAUAAAGUUUUCUUUAUUUACACUUA